AAUUAAUUCUCCUCAUUACAGAGUUACGCCCUUCAUUCCAGGAGUGAAGACGAAAAACAAGGAAAGCCGCAAAAAGAGGAUAAAAAUACAUAUUAACGCCAUGUCAUCGCUCAACAUAUCCCAAGACGAGCUGAAAUCGCUCGAACAGGCGCGUCAAAGGCUCAUAACCCUCAUCGCCAGUAUCAACAGCAUGAAGGAGAUGCUUUACCGUAGCGAUCCGCUACCUCCGCCUGCCACGCUUGAAAAGCAAAACUUCAUUCUUGCAAAGAACAUCGACUCCCUGAUCGGCGUUACUAAAGACAAUGCCAACCUAUUCUCCAGGAUUGUUGUACAUCCGUCGACAAAUUUUCCGGGUCGCGACUACGAACAAAUCCUCCAGCAGCUUCUUCGGAAGAAACUCGAGCCCGACGUUGAGUCUAGCGUCGAGGCAGCCAGGGAAGCAGCCGCGGCGGCAGGCAUCGAGCCCAGUAACUUUGUGACUGAUGACACGGCUAGGAAUGGUAGUCGCAGGCGCAAGAGCGCAACAAACUACGACAGCGAUAGCGAUGACGACGAGGAGUAUGCUGGACCUGAGGAGGACGAGUAUGCCGACGAGGACGGCGAGGGUGGACAGAAGGAGCCGCUGGGUCUUGGGGAUGUCUGGCACGCCAUUCGAAUGUGGAGUAUAGAGCGGCUGGGAAUCUAUGGCAGUUUGGAGGAGCCAAAAAUGUUCACACCUGAGGAGCGGGCGAUGGGAAUUGACAAGGUGCGCACAGGGCUGAAGCGCAACUUGGCAGAGCUGGAGCCUGACGAUGGCGAAGGAGAGGAUGAUGACGAUGAUGAUGAGGAAGAAGGCACGGAGGAAGCCGAAAAGAUGCAGGAGCACACGCUGCAGCAACAAGCACAGCAGCAACCAUUGCAACAAGCAUCUCGGGAUCCAUCCCUGGACACCGAAUACCUAUUGUGGUUCGGUGCACGCGGAGACCUGAGCAUGCCGAUAACGGUGGAACGCUUGUCAGACACAUAUGAACAAGGGAGACGGGUAGUGAUGAGUAGGAGAUAACAAGCCCCGCUCAAGCCUAAUUUUAGUUGCCCA